UUCCCCGCAACCAAUGGAGGCCUCUGGUGGCCGCCCAUUUGCCCACUCAAGGCGGGCCAAAGUGAACUAUCUACUAGCCCAAGGGCCCAAACUAACAGAAAUCGAGCUAGCCGCCUAAACUUUCCAAAAGCGCCAAACAAGCACUGAUCGUCUCCCAUUUGCGGUCCACCGGGACCUGCCACACCCUCAAGGAUUUGGAGAAGAUGCUGCCCUCGGUGGCCUCCAUCAACGGCAUGCAGGUCAAGGAGUUCAUCCAGGAGCUGACCGACGAGGGCCGGCUGCGCGUGGAAAAAAUCGGCAGUGGGAACUGGUAUUGGUGUUUCGGAGGGGAGGAAAAGAAAGAGCGGGAGACCCGAGUGCGUCGGCUCCAGAACGAGGUGGAUCGGCUGCGCGCGAGCUGUGAAGACGCGGAGGCCCGAUUGCUUGCGCGGAAGAGAACCAGGGUUCAAGAGGAAGAGGAAGAGGGGGAGGAGGAACACCGGAGAUUGAUGGAGAAGAAGGCUGUGCUCGAGCGGGAGACACAUCAGCUGCAGGGGGAAUGGCUGGCGUUGUCGACCAGGGCUGAGGGGAAAAGCUUGCCGCAGAUUACAGAGGAGACGGAUGAGUCCCGGCGGCUGGCGCAUCUCUGGACGGACAACAUCUACAUUUUAGAAGGGUAUGUGGGCAAGUUAGCCGGGGGGGAUCGGGAAGUGGUUCGGGCGGUGCAGCAGGAGUGUUAUGGAGAAGAAUACGUGGAGGGGGAGGGAUUGCGAGAACUGGAGUGAGUCUGUGCCUGACGGUGGAUGGUGGAUGGUGGAUGGGAUGUGGGAAGUGGAGGUUGGUGGUUUAGUUACUUUAUGGUGGUCCUGGAGGAUGACUACUAGAGGGACUUGAUGGGCCGUCAGCCGUGGAGAUUUUCGUCAGCAUCACCACCACUAGUCGGACUAAUUACAUAGUAGUAACACUCUCAUAGGGACGACUAAAUUGUGUGUAAUGUUCAGGCUGACGUGGGAGUAACAAGCACUGGAAAAGGUUGUGGGAUUAUACUCCGUAGAGGAAGCAACACGAAUGAAUGGAAGUACUUAGUCAGUG